AUGACGGCAAGCAGUAGAGGGAGCAGAGCUGCUGCUUCUGUUCUCCGAUCAACCUCCUCCCGACCAAGACAACCCAUCUGCGCAUCAUGCUCCCACUUCCAGCCCUCAAGACGGACAUACGCCGUCGCAGCAGCAUCCCUCAAGACCCUUGACAACACGCCUAACUCCGAACCUCCUCAAGUCAAAGCAACACCCCCCGUCACAGCCUCAACACCGCACUACACAACGAAAGCCGGCAUCCUGCUCACCCGCCCACCGCUCCUUACUCCUCCGUUGACAUCGUUUGAGAAGGCGUAUUUCUUCUACCAGAAACGAUUAAAUGAACGGCUCGCUUUGCCGUUCACGAGAUACUUUUAUUUCAAGAAAGGCACGCCCGCCGACACGGACUGGAAGAUCAAAGCUCGAGAACGGAACGGUGUUGCGGCGCGGGAGCUGGGAGGAUAUAGAGCGUAUGGCGAGGAGGCGUGGAAUGACGAGUUGCUCGUUAAUGACCUCGAGCAAGAGAGCGGGGAAGGGGAGGGCAAAAGUAAAGGGAAAGGGUUAGGCAAGAUGGGCCUCGCAGAGCCGAGACACGUUGUUGAUAGUCUGGUGAAAGAGGCGCGGGUUCGAGCGAUAGAAGGGAAAGAUGGCGCGGCCGUGGAGGUGCAGGAGGGAGAUGAGGUGCAUGUUGAUACGAAUGUUGACCAGCCGCUGAAGCGCUGGACGGACGCGGAUCGCAAGCGGGAUGUGAGGAGGCUGGAUAGGCAGCUGGCGCGGACGCUCUACUUACUUGUCAAGAGGGAGGGAGGAGGGUGGGGGUUUCCGGCUGGUGAGCUUGUUGGGAGGGAGAAUUUACAUCAGGGCGCGGAACGAAUACUCGUCCAGACUGCGGGUGUCAACAUGAAUACCUGGAUCGUUGGACAUGUCCCAGUCGGGCACCAUAUCAUCAAUCCACGCUUCCAUCCCGAAUCGGGAGACCUCGAGAAGCAGGGAACCAGAACGUUCUUCAUGAAAGGACGGAUCAUGGCUGGACAGGCGAAUCUGGAGGGGAAUAUGUUUGGACUGAGCGAUUUCAAGUGGUUGACGAAGCAGGAGGUGCAGAAGCAUGUUGCUGAUAAGUACUGGAGUUAUGUGAAGAAUAUGAUGGCUGAUAGAUGA